AUGGCAUCGCUGCGCGACUACCAGGAAGAGGUGGUGGCCCUGGCGCGGACGACGAACGUCAUCAUGGUCGGCAGCACGGGCAUCGGCAAGACGUUCGUGUCCAUCAUGCUGCUCCGCGAGCAAGACUACUCGGUGCAACGGGCGUUUGUAAUGGCGCCGACGCGGCAGCUCGUGACGCAGAUCCACGCCAAGAUCCUCAAGCUCACGACGCUCAAGGUCAAGGCGUACUGCGGCCGCGACGUCGAGGUCUGGGACCAUUUGCAGUGGGAGAACGAGCUGCUACUCAACUCGGUGCUUGUCUGCACGCCCGAGAUCCUCCGCAACAUCCUCGCAAAAGGCUACAUUACGUUUGAGCGUAUCAACCUCCUCGUCUUUGACGAGUGCCACCACGCGGGCAAGCGCCACCCGUACAACCAGAUCAUGAAGGACUACAAGACGAGUGCGGCUGCGUCCAAGCCGCGCAUCUUUGGCACGACGGCGUGCCCGACGCGCGACUGCGCGAGCAACAUGGACGCGACCUUGAAGAAGAUCACAAUGGACGCGAAUGCUAUGGGCUUGUACGCGGCGUGUGCGCCCAUGCUGCACGAGACAUACCCGCCGCGCGUCGACUUGAUGGUCGAGAAGGACCACGUCACGUCGCUCAUUGAGGCCGUCGAUGGCCUGCGCACCUUUGAGUACCUCAUGACCAAGGCCGACUAUGGCGUCGCGACGCCACCCGAGAAGCGCACCGCGCGCCUGGCCAAGCUCGUCAUGGACUGCAUGGGGGUGUACCAGAACCUCGGACCGUGGUGCCUCUACCGGUACCUCGAGAUUGAGCUCGAGCGCCAGGCGCGCAAGGCGUCGCUCAAGUGCACGAUGGCGGGUAACAUGACGGGCCUCGACCCUCAGGCGAUCCUUGCGCUGCUCCUCUGCCGCUCCAAGUGCGCCGAAGUGUCGUUUGCCUGCACGCCCAAGCUCCAGAAGAUUGUCGACAUUCUCCGCGACCGACUCUUUGCCACGCCAGCGAACGCGAUGACGGACGAGGACCUUGUGGCGUCGGACGAGGUGGCCAGUCUGACGGACGAAGACGCUGCGGACGAGGAUGAGGACGACGUGCCGAAAACACUCGAUGACAUUAUCAUGGACCUGAGUGACGACGACGACGACGACGACGGCAUGGCCACGGACGCGCCGCCGCCAGACGAGAAGCUCCAGUGCGUCAUCUUUGUCAACCGACGCGCCGAGUGCCGUGCGCUGACCGACUAUCUCAACGCGCGGUUUCAGGGCGAGUCCCUCUUUGGGUGCAUGCUGGGGCAAGCGAGCUCCAAGGACGCGGCGUCGUAUGACGCGCCGAGCAUGACGCGCCUGCUGUCAUCCUUUGAGUCGGGCGAGACGCGCGUCAUGGUGUCGACGUCGGUGUCGUGCGAAGGCGUCGACUUUCCGCUGUGCGCGAUGGUCAUUUGCGCCGACCCGAUCACGUGCCCCCGCAUGUUUAUCCAGGUGCGGGGCCGGGCCCGACACGCGGACGGUGCGUGCUUUUACCUCACGGACGCGUCGGCCGUCGACGACGCGACGCAGUUUCACGUGCUCGUGCGCCAAGCCGACGAGAUUGGCCGCCUCGAGUUUGGCUGCGACAAGGCCGCGACGCUCUCGACGCAGCCGCUCUCGGUCAUUGCAAGCACGCACCGCCUGCAGUACACGGUGACGCACGCGGCGAUGGACGCGACGUUGCCAUCGACGCUGACGGUGGACGCGACGGGCGCCGUCCUCGACCUCGACUCUGCGAUUUCGUGCCUGCACAUGUUUUGCCAGUCGCUGCCGCAGUUUGCCAAGUACAACUUGUCGCCAAUCUUUGCCUUUGCCGAGAUGACGACGCCGACGCACCAGCGCCGCUUCCAGGCGACGCUGCAGCUGCCGGCGCAGCUCGAGCUGCCGCCGUUUGAGACGCCGUUUAUGACGUCCAAGACGACGGCCAAGGCGGUCGCGGCCUUUCGCGCCUGCGAAGCGCUCUUCCGCCGCGGCGAGCUCGACGAGCACCUCAACUCUGUGCACCGGCGCAAGAAGCUGCGUGACCUGACGACCAUUGCCCGGCUCGCGCCGCAUUCCAAGCGCCCCAAAGUCGGCAACGCUCUCUAUUGA